UCCGGGCCGCUGCGUAGGUUGUCAUAGCGACCAUUUUACGUUAACUGGUUUGUAGUGUCUAACCCCGGGGCCCGGCGAUUGCGGGAGAUAUUGCUGCCUGCAUUCUCCAUCGCUAACUGCGGCCGAAAGGCCAGAGCGGGCUGGGGGAAUCCGGCCUAGGCGUUCGCGUCGUCCUGUGCGAGCGGGAUGGCUGCGGAAGAAGAGGACGAAGUGGAAUGGGUGGUGGAGAGCAUCGCUGGGUUCCUGCGGGGCCCGGAUUGGUCUAUCCCCAUCUUGGACUUUGUGGAGCAGAAAUGCGAAGUUUUUGAUGAUGAAGAAGAAAGCAAAUUGACCUACACAGAAAUUCAUCAAGAGUACAAAGAGCUGGUUGAAAAGCUGUUAGAAAGUUACCUCAAAGAAAUUGGAAUUAAUGAAGAUCAGUUUCAAGAAGCAUGCACUUCCCCUCUGGCAAAGACGCGCACAUCACAGGCCAUUUUGCAGCCUGUGUUGGCAGCAGAAGAUUUUACGAUCUUUAAAGCAAUGAUGGUCCAGAAGAACAUUGAAAUGCAGCUUCAAGCCAUCCGAAUAAUCCAGGAGAGGAAUGGUGUGUUACCUGACUGUUUAACUGAUGGUGCAGAUGUGGUCAGUGACCUUGAACAGGAAGAGAUGAAAAUUCUAAGAGAGGUCCUCAGAAAAUCAAAAGAAGAAUAUGACCAGGAGGAAGAAAGGAAACGAAAAAAGCAGUCAUCAGAGGCUAAAAUGGAAGAACUGCCAGUAUACACUAGCGAAGCUGCAAAACUGAAUAACUCCCAAGGGGAUGGUGAACACUUUGUACAGCCACCCUCAGAAGUUAAAGUGCAUUUUGCUAAUCAGUCAGUACAACCCUUGGCAAGAAAGAUGGAGUUGCUGCCUGAAACUUCCUCCCUCACACAAAAAGGUUUGAAGAUACCUGGCUUAGAGCAUGCAAGCAUGGAAGGACCAAUAGCAAAUUUGUCAGCACUUGGGACAGAAGAGUUACGUCAACGAGAGCAUUAUCUCAAGCAGAAGAGAGAUAAGCUGAUGUCCAUGAGAAAGGAUAUGAGGGCAAAGCAGAUCCAGAAUACUGAGCAAAAAGGAAAGCCUGCCAGGGAGGCAGAGGAAAUGACAGAGAAGCCAGAAAUGACAGCAGAGGAGAAACAAACAUUACUAAAGAGGCGAUUGCUUGCAGAGAAACUUAAAGAAGAAGUCAUUAAUAAGUAAAGGGCAAGAGGGAAAGCAAUUUAACAAACGUCUGCAGAAACCCAGGUAUGGUGGUGCAUGCCUAUAAUCCUAGCACCCAGGAUGCUGAAGUAGAAGGCUCAGGAACUUCCUGGUCCUCUCCAGUGUCAGAGCAAAUUGGAGGCCAGCCUAGCUUACAUGAGUCUGUCUCAAAUAACCACAAUAAAUACAUUUAAAAAUAAAACAAAA